AUGUCUAACUGUCUAACUGGAAUAUUUGGUCUCAGAGCCCAACUUCCCCCACUGCCGGGAUUCAUUCCAUUCAAGCCAUGCUUCUACCAGGACUUUGAUGAGAUCCCUGAACACCACCGCAGCAUGUGCAAGAAAAUGUACCACCUGUGGAUACUGAACAGUGUUACUCUUGCUGUGAAUCUCGUCGGCUGCUUUGCUUGGAUGUUUGGGGGAGGUGGCGUGACCAACUUUGGGCUGGCUAUCAUCUGGCUAAUCAUGUUCACUCCCUGCUCCUAUGUCUGCUGGUUCAGAGCCAUCUACAAGGCCUUCAAGAGUGACAGCUCCUUCAACUUCAUGCAGUUCUUUUUUGUGUUCAUGGCCCAAGUUGGCAUCAGCAUCAUCCAAUGCAUCGGCAUCCCUGGAUGGGGAGUAUGCGGUUGGUUGGGUACCUUGUCCUUCUUCAGCUAUAAUAUUUUUAUUGCCCUGGUCAUGUUGGUUCCUACUCUCAUGUUCACUGCAGUGGCCUCACUGUCCUUCAUUGCCCUCACCAGGAUCCAUAAUUCCUACCGUGGUAGCGGGGCCAGCAUGUCCAAAGCUCAGGAGGAAUGGACCACGGGAGCGUGGAAAAACCCUCAUGUGCAGGCAGCGGCGCAGCAGGCAGCCAUGGGGGCAGCUGCUGGAGCCAUGCACGACCAGUCCUCCAGCCCACAAUAUAACGACAACCAGAUCUAG